AUGGAUACGCAGGGCAGGCUGCAGGAAGACACCGACGAUCCCACCGAUCCCAACCAGUUUGGCGUUUCAGUAUCUGCUUUUCCACAAGCACACUCGAUGACGACUUACGAUGCAGCACUAGACGACGAUUCACGUUACCUUUACAACUCACAUGACGAUCUAUGGUACGAUUGGACUACUGGAGAGUUUUCUCGUUACGAUCCCGACAAUCAAGUAUACAUUGCAGUUGCCGGCAAAGAGGAAGAAGAGGAAGAAAAAGAAGAAAAGAAUGAGACAUCAUCCCUUCAUGAAGAAGAAUACGAUCCAUAUGAUGAUGAUGAUGAUGGCGAUGACAACAAUAAGCCAGUGAAAGUGGAUGCACCAUUACUGCGGCUGGCGGUACUCGAUUCAACAUUGUUAACGGUUGGACACGUGGUGGAAGUUGAUUCAUCAGGAUUGACAGUGGGUCGUGAUCGUUCAUGGGAUCGACAUCGCCUUCGUCUUGCCGAGUUGGCUGUGAGCAAGUUUCAUUGUCAAAUCUACUAUGAUGGGGGAUCAUAUCACAUCACUGAUCAAGGCUCCAAGAAUGGUACUUUUAUCAAUGACGAGCGACUUUGUGAUCCAAAGACUAGCAGCAUUCCUCGUGUCAUUCGAGACCUUGACAGGAUACAAAUUGGGUCAUCUCUAUUCCAAGCACAUCAGCAUAAACACGGAUGGCAAUGUGAUUAUUGCAUAACAGGACCAGAGAAUAUCGUGGACAUCAGUCAAGGCAGCCGUGAAAAGAAUACCAGAUCAACAUCCACUUUUUACAGCAACCAAAGCGAUAUCAACACAACAACGACGAUUGAUUUCAAAAGCAAAGAACAAAGAGAAAAAGAAUGGAUGGAUGAACUACGAAGGAGAAAGCGAAUGUAUGCACCGAAGACUAAUCCUACAAAGAACGUCAAUGAUGCGGCUGAACGACGACGUCAACUUUAUUCAUCGACGACACUACCAAGUUAUUUGAGAAAGACAUCAAUAACAUCAGAGCAACAGCAAUGGAAUGAAGAAGAAAGGCGAGCAGCAACCAUUGAACGUACUACGGUCCAUACACCCGUAAAAGGCAUUGGCGAUUCGAUGUUGAGAAAAAUGGGGUGGAAACAAGGUCAAACAUUGGGUCGUACAGGCACCGAAGGCAUCACCGUUCCAAUCACACCAAAGACACAAACCCAUCGAGCUGGUCUCGGCAAGAACUCAACAACCGAAACGCUAAGCUAUGAAUCUCCCAAAGCGAAGAUCCCACGAAUCACACGUGAACGCUAUAACGCACUUCAUUGA